CCGCCGUAGAGAGAGGGAGAGCGAGCAAGCCUUUCCAUCACCACCACCAUCACCACCAUCACCACCACCAUCACCACCACAAACAGGGAGGAGGUGGUCAGCUUGGGAGGUCAGCAUAAGUAGUCAGCAUGAGUGUCCUUAAUGCUGACGUAUGCUGAGUCUUGACCUAGCCUGGAUUUUGGGGGGUCAGGUCGGCAUGUGUGGUGUUUAUGCUGACCUAUGCUGAUGGUUGACCUGGGCUGGAUUUUUGGGGUCAGCAUGAGUGGUCUAUGCUGAGUUAUGCUGAGUGACUUUAUGCCGUUGUGGUUUGAUCAGCAACAGAAGAAGAAAUUUUAUUAACAGCGAUUUGGGAAAGAAGAGGAAGAGGAAGAGGAAGAGAAGAGAAGAGGAAAGAUUUAAAGAUAGCAAAUUGACGACGAGAGGAAGAGAGAGAUAGAGAGAGAGAGAUAACUACCACUACUACUACUACUACUACUACCACUACCACCAGUACUAUUACUACCACUAUCACCACUACUAUAACAUUCCUCCACCAUUCCAAUCACCGCUUCCACUACAGCAUUCCACUCCUAACCUAACCACCACCACCACCACCACGAUACCUCCACCCACACCCACGGCCGCCCACUACCAGGACCCGCCCACGCCCCCACCGUAAACUGGGUAUGGUGGAGAGGUGUAGGGGGGGCGCACCCACACCACACACCCACACCCACGCCCACGCCCACGCCCACGCCCACGCCCGCCGAGCAUGAGGGUGAGUGUCCGUGGGGUGCUUGUGGGGGGCAGUGUGGUGGUGCUGCUGACGACGGUGCUGCUGUGGUCCCAGUGCCGCCCCCCCACCCCCGCCCUCCCCCUCCAUCACCACCCACAACAACAACAACAACAACAACAACAACAGCAACAGCCUCACCGUCUACCCCUCCAAACGAGUCAUCAGCAGGGUGGAGGGGGGGAGGAGAGCUACCUGGAGGUGGAGUAUGGGGACCCCCGACACCCCCGCCCCCCACAGGAAGGCGACGGGGCGGGCAUGGACGGGGAGCCGCUGCCGCCCCGCCUGACAGAGAUUGCCUGCGUCAUAAACCACGAGACGGAGGUGUCCUGUCGGCGUGACCAGACCGAGGUGUACGUGCCCUUCUCCUUCAUCCACAGCUACUUCGAGGUGUACGGGCAGGUGGAGCAGAAGGAGGACGGUCGCGAGGUGUUCGAAUGGUCCCACAGCUACAGCCGCGUGUACGAACCCUCCGGCCCCUACAGCCCCACCGGGACCUUCCUCAACUUCGAGCUGUACAACGUGGAGGCAAGGGAGCGGGUCAAGUGCAUCUCGGGAACGGAGGGUGUGCCCAUCUCGACCCAGUGGCAGAGCUCCGGCUACACCUACCCCAUCCAGAUCGCCCAGUUCGGCCUCUCUCACUACUGCAAACACCUGACGGAGGACGCCCCGCAGCGGGUGGUGGUGGAGGACGGGGGGGAGCACCUGGGGGCUUGGCAGGUGGUGGGAGGUGCUGGCAGGGUGACACGCGCCCCUGACCUCGCCUCGCACACUAAUGUUGUCAGGUUCAAGGCGCCAGAGUCACCAGCAAAGGGGGCCGUGGUGCUGAGCCUGGCCGAGGUCACCACCCAGAGUCUCCUGGUGCUCAGUCUCAGUCUCCUGGCGCAGGGGAACGCAAGUUUCUCAGUCGCAGUGGAGUUCAGGGACAAGAAGACGGAGGUGGUGACAGUGCACUACAUCCGCUCCGACCGCCUCCUGCAGGUCAAGGAACGUGAGAUCUACUACGGGCUUGGGGAUAAACCUGGCUGGCGACGCAUCACUCGUAACCUCCUGAUUGAUGUCCACAAGGCAGCUGCCACCGCCCCCUCACUGCGCAAAAGGUUCAAAAAGGUGUCACGGUCAAAGCUAAGGCUGCUGUCCCUCUCGCUGAAUGGGUCGGGCAGCAUCACCAACGUCACUCUGGCCUCUGCGGAGCACCUUCACCACUUCUAUGAUGCGGCAGACUGGCUCCUCAAGCACCAAGACCAACAGGGAGGCUGGUCCAUCCCUGUGCCCAGAAAGGUGAUCAGUGGGGUGCUGGAGCUUGGGCCGGGGUGGUACUCUGCCAUGGCCCAGGGUCAGGCCAUGUCCCUGCUGGUGCGGGCGGCCCACCACUCAGGGGACCCAAAGUACCUCAGGGCCGCAGCACACGCCACCACGCUCUUCACCAUCAACGCCACGCAGGGAGGGGUGCGGACCUACUUCCCCGGUGGGACCGUCUGGUACGAGGAGUAUCCCACCAACCCUUCACUCUUCGUGCUCAACGGGUUCAUCUACAGCCUCCUCGGCCUCUACGACCUCAAGGAGUUCUCGAGUGAAGAGAGCAACAUCAGCCGGGAACUAUUUGAGAGUGGCAUGAAAUCACUCAAGGCGCUGCUGCCCCUCUUCGACACCGGCUGGGGGUCCCUGUAUGACCUGCGCCACUUCACAACGCACGUGGCUCCCAACCGAGCUCGCUGGGACUACCACACCACCCACAUCACCCAGCUGCUGCUCCUGGCCUCCCUCGACGCAGACCCCAUCCUCUCCACCACUGCCCUGCGCUGGAAAGACUACAUGAAUGGACACAAGGCGAAGCACAACUGAGGGGUGAAAGGAGAGCUGUCUAGGUCAAUCAUCAGACAAAGGAAAGUGUAACCAAGAAGCAGAAAACAUGUGUCGAGGUUACUUGGUAGACGAGGUGAACCAUUGAGUAUGUUCGUUAGUUUGUAUGUACCGUUUCCACUCACUAGUUCUCAUAUACGUAAAAUGAUGCAUCAGAAAAUUGAGCUUGAGGUUUGGAUAUGAGGGAUUGUCGAAAUGAAAGUUGCAAGACAUUUUUUAUUUUGACGAUUUCAGUUCUUAUAUCCGAGUUCAGUUUUUCUGGGUGCUAUUUUUUUCUCAGAUACGUAAAAAAAAAAGCUUCAGGAAAUUGAGCUUGAGAUUUGAAAAUAAGGGAUUGUCGAAAUGAACGGAUCAAGACAUUCUUUACUUUGACAAUUUCAUUUUUUAUAUCCUCGCUCAAUUAUUCUGGGUGCUAUUUUUCCUGUAUAUGAGGACUAAUUGGAGAGGUGCGUACAAAUAGGCGAUGCUCAGGAACAGAAGGCAGAACAAAAAUGGCAUCUCAUGGAAGGUUGUAGUUCUGCUUCCUUCGCUUCAUCUUGAUCGAGGUGUCGGUUUCGCUUGGCCGAGUUUCGCUAACUCUUGCGUUCGUGUGUGCGUAAGUGAGUCAGCCCGAGAACCACUUUUUAGGAGCCGUGCCACGUUAGGAAGAAGCCCCACCAAGGCCAGUUGUACGCUUGUGUGGGGGCGAGGUUUGUACUCUUCGAGAUUAGCGUUCAGUGUGUCUAGAGGAAGAGUGUCAAGGGCGUGCAAUAUCUCCGUUUUGUGCAAUGAUGGGAUGCACGACAGGCUGGCUGAGUGUAUUAAGGUUGCAUUCCAUUAGCUUUAACACUGAACAUCUUUUGUAUGUGUAUGGAUCUGUGUGUGAAUGUCCGUAUGUGUGUGUGUAUGUGUACCCAAAUGUGCGGUACAGUAUCUGAAAUCUAACGAUGUCUAUCUGGGUCUCUGUCAACUAACUGUUUCAAGGCAGAUGUUUUCCGCCAUAUUUAUUGAGAGUUCCCGGCCCAUACAAAGCUUUCACCCGCAGCCCCUCUCUCUGCUUCAGCAAACUUACGUAGGGGAAAUUCUUUUGUAUUCUUGCCGUAGGAGAAUUGUGACAGGGAAACCAUCUCAGUAAGUAUGGCCGAAGACGCUGCCCACUGUUGCUUCCUAGUCUCCGAGAAGUGAACGCGGCCCCAGUAGUUUGGCGAGCAGUGUGACGGCAGCAGAGGAAUGGUAGUUUAGACAGACAGGUGGUUAGUUGAGACUAGUAUAACUACUCUGCCUUGCUAUGUGAUAUUUCUGGUAUAUAUUGAUCUGGGUCCACUUGUCAAUACAAACGUGUAGGGGCGGCGGUGAGCGGUGGGCAGCCAGCCGCCGGCGGUGACCCACUCUCUGUGUUGUGCUCUGUGGGGGGGCCGCCCGUGUGUCCGCCUCGCCACAGUCCUCAAGUGAUCUUCCAUUUUCUUGUGGCCACGGCUCAACCUGUGAGUGUGUGAUUAGUAUUUCUUCAAAACUUUUCAACCAGAGAUUGCUGAGAAAAAUUUCAGCUUUAUUUUUUAUAUAUAUAUAUAUCCAAGUGUGAGGUGCUGAAGAGCAGUUGCCUGCGUGGGCGGCCUGCUUUGCCAACUCAGCUUGAUAGCACAGAUUUCUUUGGCUUCAUUCACAUUGCUGCAUCCUCUCAUGCAAGGUAAUAAUGAUAAUUAUAAUAAUAAUAAUAAUAAUAUUCCUAUACAAAGAACUAUUUUAAGUGGCUUGUCACAUUUGAAGUUUCAUCUUUUAAGAAUCAGGAAUACAUUUCUAUCAAAAUCCUAUUUUUCCAAAGACACCUCACGAUACCUCAUGACAUGAAGAAACAACUAAUGGGGUGACAAACACGCAAGUCUUAUUUCAAACACCCUGCAUUUUAUACAAACUGAGAUGUGUUUGCCUUUCAACCAAGUUCCCUGUUUCACAUGCAUAGCAGUUUAACAUUUCCCUGGGCUUCCACUUACAAUGUGCUGCUGUGCUGUAGCCAGGUCCAGUCUGGGAGCCAGGCGGAACUGCUACACUACCAGGGCGUGCUUGCCAGACUCUACUCACCAGCCCAGUCAGUACCCAUAGCAGGGGGAAAAACCACUCAGGAGACUUUAGCUGAGGUAUGAAAAUGAACUUGUCACAUAGAUACUGCAAAGCAUGAUUUAUUUUGGCUGUCUCAGCUAAUAUUCCACUGCAGUUUAUUCCCUCCUGUGAGUACUAAUUGAAGAGUGUGUAUGAAGUGGCAGGCAUCCCCUACUACUGCCUCAGAGGGGAGGGGUCCAUCAGGGAGCUUAAAAGGUUCAGAACAUAGAAUAUAAACAUUAAAAACAGUUAAGGUGGCUGUACAUGACUCCAUACACUCUGUUCCAGCUUGUAGAGUUGUAUCAGGAGAAAAAAAUACCCUAGAAAGCUUAACUGAGGUAUAGAAAUGAACUGCUAGUCAAAAUAUGGGUUGAUAACCAUUCUUUAUUUUGACUUUUAUGAUAUUUGUACCUCAACCCAGCUUACCAGAGUACAUAAUUGAUUUUUCUGAUACACAUACUAGCUGCAACGAUGAUUACAAGUCAACGAGCAAACCAAAUUCAUCAAAGCAGGACAUGGACUCAUCAGAACUUAAAAAAAAAAAGAGAAAAGAAAAAAUAGCUUGCUUAUGACGUCCACUCAUCCACUUGCUGUUUUCCGUGUCCCGUCAAUCGAUCAUUAACAAGCCUGAUGGACCGCCACCCUCAAGGUCGUACGAAAUGCCUCCUCAAAGUGACUCUGGAGCUGUUUCGGGUCUUUGGCUCAGACGUGACGUGUUUCUUCACCUCUGCUCAACGGUGUAGUGCUUCAGAACCUCCCCACACGUUGUCACUCUCUCAUCAAGGCUGUGUCAACUUUCCGAGCGACUCAAGACGGCCUGAGGGUUGUGUUUGCGAGUCCUUACAUACAUACCUGCACGUCAUUCCUGUUAGCGCUCAUGAGGGAAAACUAUCAGGAAUAUUGAGAAAGGUUUAAAAGUAAGGAAUGUUUGUAAAUUGUAAUGUUCAUAUUCUUAUUCACUGACUUAUUCUCAUUUCCAUAUAUUUGAAAAUGCUGGAUCCCCUCAGGUCUUGAUUCUUAGUCAGCCCUUAAGUACUCCACUGCUUGGCUGUUGGCCGAGAAACGCCUUUUUUAUUUUUCAUUUUUUAUUCAAGUCAAAAUUUCAGUAUCUAUUUUUCAGACUAGUUAGAUUUUGAGUGUCUUUUAUAUACUUUUUCAACAUCCUUCUUAUAUUUUUAUUUUUUUUAGUCGAGUUAAAUUUUCCCGAGUACAUUUUUUCUCCUCUGGGUCCUAAUGGGAAUAUGAGAAUGGUGUGUCCAGAUAAGCAAACAUCGUCUUCUUAACGGAAUAUAUUAACCAAUGUGUUGAUUCCGUCUCCUCACUCAUUGGAGGUUCAAAUCAGAGGAAAAUUGACACGCCUUGCGAUACACUGACGAAACUCCACGAUUAUAACAUGUGGAUUUUAAGUUCCUUGGAAAAAUGUGUAAAAUAAGUUCUGGUUUUAAUCUUUUUUUAUGAUAUUUUGUGAUGGAAGGGAAAUUACAUGGAGUUUAUGGAGGGUUUGUAUGCCUCUUAGUACACACCACCACAACCACCAACCUUGUUUUGAAAAGAGAUCAUUUCUGUGCCUCAAUCAAAUUUUUAAAAGCACUAGUUUAUUUUGAAAAAGAUCUCAUUUCUAUAACUCAAUUCAGUUCUUCGUAGUUGUUUAUUUUGAAAAGUGCUCAUCUCUACAGCUCAAUUAAAUUUUCAAGAGCAGUUUAUUUUGAAAAGUGCUCAUCUCUACAGCUCAAUUAAAUUUUCCAGAGCAGUUUAUUUUGAAAAGUGCUUAUCUCUGCAACUCAAUUAAAUUUUCCAGAGCAGUUUAUUUUGAAAAGUGCUCAUCUCUACAGCUCAAUUAAAUUUUCAAGAGCAGUUUAUUUUGAAAAGUGCUCAUCUCAAAAGCUCAAUUCAAUUUUCCAAAGCAAUAUAUUUUGAAAAAGCUCAUUUCUAUACAUCAAUUAAUUUUUCAGAGAAGUUCAUUUAAAAAGGAGCUUAUUUCUGUAACAUGAUUCAGUUUUCCAUAGCUCUAUAUAUUGAAAAGGAGGUCAUUUCUGUACGUCAGUUCAAAAUCCCAGACAAGUUUAUUAUGAGAAAGAGAUAGAUGCAUAAGACUUCUGGUGCUUUUAAAAGAUAAAUAUAUUCUGCAUUAACUGAGGCUAAGGGGUUAUUAAGCAUGCUGUUAUAUAUGACAAGGAGUGGCACUAAUAAGGAUGAGAAGUAGAAGAAGGAAGAGGGAGGAAGGAACUAACCCAUGAAACUGUUUAAAUUCAGAGGAGGUUCAAGCCAUCAGCAUUCAUAUCUACACCUAUUAAUUUUUCCAGAGUAUGUAAUAUAUUUCCUGGUGCGAAUACUAAAUGGAAUGGUGUGUGUACUAAUUGGCGAACAUACCCUACCUGUUCAUUGAGUAGCUCUUGAAGCCCCGCCAAGCCACCGUCAAGUUGCUGGUUAUGGUGCGGCGAGGUCAUAAAAUGCUCAUCAGUUCUCCUGGGUCACUUCUCAAAAAAAAAGAUUAAAAAACAUAUAGGUCAGUAUUAUAAGACAGUUUCGCUUCUCACAUCAGCUAUUUCUAAAGGUCAAAGAAGGGGUCAAUCGGGUUCUAAUGAGUGUUUCUUCAGGUUCACAGUACAGAGGAAGGGUCAGACUACCACCAUGGUCAUAAAACUACCCCUAGAAAUCCCCACAACUCUUACGAAUGCAUUGCCAAAUAUGCGUUCUUGGGCUACGAAGUGUCUUAUAAUACGACCCAUAGUGACCCAGUUCCAUACCUUCCUUCUAAAAGACAUUCAUCUUCAUAUUGUUUUAAGUGAGUUUAGUUCCUUAAUGUUAGUCUAUGCAUUUGUGUCAAGGUUUUCACACCAUGGUUUUUAUAUGUUGUUUUGUAGUGACGUUUUAUACAGAAGUUUGUGUCGUCUAUUUAUUUGUGUCAUCUAUCUUUCUUUAGGCAGGAAUGUGGUGUGUUCUGAGCAACACUUAAAGAAUUUUGUCAUGUAAGAUUAGUGAUUUUUCUACAUGUAUUCUUUUUUUUACCAUACUAUAAGUUAUUUUUGUCUGUACACUUUCCUUUUGUCCGUUAUUUGCCAUAGGAGAUUUUUCCACAUAUAUACCUUUUUUUUAUUUUUUUUAUUUUUUAUUUUUUAUUUAUUUUUUAUUUAUUUAUUUAUUUUUAUUUAUUUAUUUUUAUUUUUUUUUUGUCACAUGAGAUUCGGUAUUUUUCUCCAUAUUUGUUCUUUUUGUCAUUUUUGGUAUAUGAGAUUAAUGAUUUUUCUCCACAUAAAUCCUUUUGUCCAUUUUGUGCCAUGUGAACUAAGUUAUAUUUCUGCUUAUACAUUCUUUUUUAUCAAUUUUUGCUAUAUAAGACGUCAUUUUACUCCAAGUACAUUCUUUUGUCUUUCUUACCCUUUGAGAUAGGUUAUUUUCCUCCACUUUUUGCCAUAUAAGACAUCAUUUUCCUCUAAGUACAUCCUUUUUGUUUUUUUGCCAUGAGUAGGUUAUUUUCCUCUCUGUAUAUUCUUUUCAUCCAUACUUUGCCUUAUUUCCCAUCUACCCGUAUGACAGUCGUGUGGUGCGUUCUGAGCAUUACCGAGAAUGAAUCAUACAAGUUGCAAAUACUUCAUCAAUUUGGUCUUCCAGUCUCACGUGUACAGCUGUAUAGGAUGCCCCCAGGGUCCCCAGCAAAGGAGUGGAUCCCAAAACAAUGAGAUUAUACCCCCCUUAAGGUAUUGUACAUAUGCUUUUGUAGGGUUUCUAUAACCUCUGAAGUAAUCUUAAGAAUAGUCGUCAUGGGUCUGUAAGGGGAGUGAUCAAGGUGUUUGUGUGCUGAUGGAAGCCUCGGAUUAGUUCGUCAUUGGUUGUCUUGGCAUUGGCGAGCGAAAUUGGAUUAUUCAUUUUUAAGGCAUAUUUUCUUGCAGUUUAUGAAGCAGUUUGUUAUGAGCAUCUUUUUAUAUAUACUUUUUACUCCUCAGUCUGUUUCCCUUACUAUAUUAAAAGGGGAGAGAUUGAAACACUUGUAAAAUGUAUAAAAAAUGCUUCAUAUGUGUUGCUUCUUGAAAGGCUGAAGGAAAUGACACUAAAAAUAUGAUCAAAUUCAGUUCUAGAGAUGUAUUGAUACUCUCUCCUCUUCAUUCCAUCACACACUCACACACGCACACACGCACACAAACGCACUCACACUCACUCACAUACACACCCACAAACCUACUCACACAAACACAUGUCUCCGAGUGUUCAGCCAGCUUCAGAGUCUCGCAAAGGCCUUGAUUGCUUCCCCAGUGUUUGUAGCCGUUACUAGCCGAUCACCCCAGAGAGAAAGAUAUUGUACAUAAAUCCUAUAUUUGUAUCUUCCAUAUAGCUCAGAGGGAAGUGAGCGUCGUACUGGGCAAGUCACAUCCCAUCUUCUUUCUCAUGUAUGCAUAUAACGAACCUCCGCAUCCACCCCCACUGCUCCAGGUGGCUCGGGUGACGUUUCUUUACCCAGUAGUGUUGUCCCUCUUCGCUGAGUCCAUGUGAUACACUGGUAAUGCUUGAUUCAGAAAACACAAAGUCACCACAGCAGAGGGUUGAGGACACUCCAUGCACUGUGUGGGUUGAGGUGAGGCUGGUGGCUGCUGGUGAAGGAAACAGAUGGCAAAAACGUUCUGUGAGAGUUGUCGUCACAAAACAUUGCUAUGAAGUACUCUGCCACACCGUAAGAAACUCAACUUGAUAAUAUAUACAGUAUGUAUUUUGUAUACCCAAGAUUUCUAGCUGCUAGACGCUUUAUGUUCAUAUCAAAAGCUAACCAUCUAGCCAUUCCAUUAUUUUUCCAUGUCAUGAAUCAACUCAAAUUUUUUUGCAGACUUUUGUAUCUAAUCUAAUUACUGUGGUUGAACACAAAACUUUUAAAUAUCAGCUAAUUGUAAGCCUCCUCCUCCCCGGGCCCUCUCGGCAGCACGGCGGCAGGGGGAGGCAGCUUGGCGCCUCCCACCGGCCGGCACGCCCUCAUGGCCCGGUCGUACGGAGGGCCACCAUCAGUCUAGUUUUUAUAUCAACUCAUUGCUUUUCCACAUGCUCAAUACUUGGCUUACCAACCCUCUGUGGGCACUGCUAGUCAUCCUGAGUGUUACCUGUGUAGGCCUCAACUCCUGUGUCCCGUGUAGUGGAGGUAGACAGGGCGGCUCGGCUCCCUUUUGGAAUCUGAAUCUCGUGGCGUGUGGGUGUGUCCUGCCGGUGACUAACACGAGGCUGCCACUCGGUGCCAGAGAGCCACCCGAGUGCCGUCCCUGUGAGGUCAGCAGCAGCAGCUACACUCGACAGAGAUCUGCAUAUAAAUUUUUGAAUGUUUGAACUUGACUUGCUCCUCUAGCUGUGGCCAUACUUUCCCAGAGUCAUUGGGUAUCUUAGUUGAGUUUAGUUGAAGGGGUCUCAGCCUCGCUAGAAGGAAGUUUUUUUUUGUACGAUGGCUUCGUACAUUCCACUGUCCUGCCAAGGGAGGUUCCCAGCCUUGGCAGGGGAGGACAGCUGGCAGGGGAAGGAACCUGUUGACCCUACCACCAAACCCUGACUGACCUUUCCUCUGACCCUUGAGAGAAAUUGAUUUGUGGGAAGAGUGACGUGAAGGUUGUUCGAUUAUUUUUUUCUUCUUUCUUUGCCUCUCAAUUUUAAAGCAUUGGAGGACGAGGUAACCCUGCCCACCAAACCUUGACCUUACCCUACCUCUGACCCAUGAAAGAAAUUAAUUUGUGGGAAAAGUGAUGUGAAGGUUGUUAGGUUAGUUUUUCUUUUUUCUUUCCCUCUCAUUUCUAAAUCAUUGCAGGACGAGGUAACCCUGCCCACCAAACCUUGACCUUACCCUACCUCUGACCCAUGAAAGAAAUUGAUUUGUGGGAAGAGUGAUGUGAAGGUUGUUAGGUUGUUAGGUUGUUCUUUUUUCUUUUCCUCUCAUUUCUAAAUCAUUGCAGGACGAGGUAACCCUGCCCACCAAACCUUGACCUUACUCUACCUCUGACCCUUGAAGGAAAUUGAUUUGUGGGAAGAGUGAUGUGAAGGUUGUUAGGUUAGUUUUUUUCUUCUUUCUUUCCCUCUCAUUUCUAAAUCAUUGCAGGACGAGGUAACCCUGCCCACCAAACCUUGACCUUACCCUACCCCUGACCCUUGAGAGAAACUGAUUUACUGGAAGAAUGACAUUAAGGUUGUUAGAUUCGGGUUUUUCUUCUUCUUUUCCCCUCGCAUUUUUAGAUUAAAUGGAGGAUCUUAACUGUCUGGCCUUGAAGGAAAACUGACGUGUGGGGAGAAUGACGAUGAUUACGCAGGUUAGGUUAUUUUCUCGGUACUUUUUACACUAACGAGGAGCAAGUACAUAGGCAUCCAUUAUACAGCGUGCCGGAAAAGAUGGAAGGAAUGAUGUUAUGAAGGUUGCUUGCAUUAGGUUUUCUCUUAUCUUCUUACUCAUUAAUACAUUGCUAAAUAAUGGAUAUGGAAGCAGCUGUUAUGUGUUGGAAAAGGCAGGAAAAAGGACAUUAAAAGAGGGUUAUUAGGUAAGAUAUUUCCAUUUCUUUUUCUCUCAUUAUUUACGCCACUGAAAAAUAGAUACAUAAGACUUCUGAUGCUGCUAAGAGAUACAUGUAUACUGCAUUAACUGAGGCUAAAUGGGCUUGUUAAGUACUGUAUGCUAUUAUAUAUGACAAAAAAUACUAGUAAGGAGGAGUAGGAGUAUAAGAAAGGAUGGGAAGGGAAGGAACUAACGACAAAUGGAACUGUUCAUAUCCAGAGGAGGUCCAAGCCAUCAGCGUUCAUAAGUUUAAGGAUGAGUUAGAAGAAUAUUUACAUGGAGGAAGACGAUAAUACAAAGAUGACUCAAAUCCUGUAAACAUGUCCACACCCACAAACAUGAACACAAACACAAACACACGAACGGCUAUUCAGAUAUAUGAUUUGUGAUGCUAUACUUAUGUUAUGUAUACCCAAUGUGCGUUGAUAUUACGUUCUGGUGAUAUGUGUAAAUAGAUGAUGUGUCUUGUGUAUUACCCUUAAGUUGUGCCAUCCUAUAUUAUACUUACUGUUUGUUUUAUUAUUAUUUAUGAUUGCAAGAGGAUACUGACACAGAUUUCUGCUCAAGAUUUUCAGCCAUUGAGUUGUCGAUGGGUCGGUCUUGUUUGAACUCCCAUUGAGUGAUAGUCUGAUAUUAUGAUUGCUUUGUAUUGUAGGCGAAAAUGAUCUGUUGUCUUACUUCAUUGAUCUCUCGUAAAAUUUGCCUUACCUGUAAGAUCAUGAUACAUUCAACUGAAGAAGCAGUUGUUUAUUUUAUUUGUUAUUUUGCAUGGUAGGCGAAAACUAUCUAUCGUCUUAAUUAUGUCAACGUUGAUCUCUCGUAAAGUUGCCUCACGUUUAAGACCAUGAUAUUAGGUUCAGUUGAGGAAGUGUUCAUUUAUUUUAACCCUCUUGUGUUGUCUGCCUUGUUUGACUUCCCAUUACGUGAUACUUUGAUAUUAUUCCGACUUCUUUGUAUUGGUGAAAAUGAUCUGUCAUCUUACUUGCGUCUACAUUGAUCUCUCGUAAAAGUUGCUUCCCUGUAAGAUCAUGAUAUGUUCAGUUGAUGAAGCAGUUAUUUAUUUUAUUUGUUAUUUUGCAUGGUAGGUGAAAAUGAUCCAUCGUGCCACUUAUGUCAACGUUGAUCUCUCGUAAAAGUUGCCACCCAUUUAAGGCCACAAUAUAAUGUUCAGUUGAGGAAGUGUUCAUUAUUUUAUUUAGAAUAGUAUUAUCCAUGUAAACGUUUCGUCCAUCUCAGUUAAACCUUCACUACAUCAUUCCAGAUAUGGCUUUUACAUGAGGCUAUUGUGUAUUCUUUCAUUCUAAGUUUAUUUCCACCAAGAGAGAUUCUGUGAUGAGGUUCUGUAUUGAAAAAGACGAACAGUGACUCGGAAUAACGUGCCGUGACUUCCAUCCGAGGUGUUUGUGUUUUGCCGAUGAUCUUGCUUUCUUGUGUUAUCCGCUGGUGUGUGAUUUCGCUCGGAGAUACAGAGCAAGGAACGUCAUGUACAAUAUAAUGAUAAUCACAUUCUAGUUCAAAAUGCCUUUCCGGUCGUGAUGGCAGAGUGUUGACUGUGUUGUUUUUCUGAUGUACUGAGUUCUGCAUUGGGGGCUUGGGGCAGGACAGGGGCAUUGAAGAAGGAAAUUUGCAUAAAGUAACAAAUCUCAAAAAGUACUCUUAAAUACUGUCAACUGUUUGCUGUUUGUGUAAGCUAUGAAGUGUUGAGUGUAUUGUGUGUAAUAUAUAAAGCAGGGCAAAGUUACGAGAGAGGAAAGUUUGCUGAAAGAUAAUAGACGAAACCUCAAAGAGAACUCAUAAAUAGUGUCAAUUGUUUGCUGUUUGUGGAAUCUAUGAAGUGUUGAAUGUAGUGUUUGUAAUGUGUGAAGCAGGACAAGGUUACAAAAGAAGGAAACUCAUUGAAAGGCGGGUAAACAAAAUCUCAUAAAAAAUCACAAAUACUGUCAAUUGGUUGCUGUUGGUGGAAUCUAUGAAGUGUUGAUUGUAUUGUAUGUAAUGUGUGACGCAGGAAAAGGUUACGAAAGAAGGAAAACUCAUAAAACUACGGGGAAACAAAAUCUCAUAAAAAAUCACAAAUACUGUCAAUUGGUUGCUGUCUGCGGAAUCUAUGAAGUGUUGAUUGUAUUGUAUGUAAUGUAUGAAGUAGGAAAAGGUUACGAAAGAAGGAAAACUCAUAAAACGAUGGGGAAACAAAAUCUCAUAAAA